UCAUUACAUGACUGCAUUUGUACAAGAGAGAUAAUAAAUAACUACAUACCACCCCAGGGGUAAUUCCCACUGAACUACUCCGUAUAUCCAACCUGGACGACGAUCACACCUUGGCGAGACGAGACGCCCCGCUCAGCCUCAUACCAGCCUAAAUACACACUGGCAGCUUUCAGCAACUACAGCUACUCACCAUGGACAGCAAUACCAACCUUAAAAAGCGAAAACCGCAUAAAAAAUCGCGACGCGGCUGUCAAACAUGCCGAACCCGCCGCGUAAAAUGCGACGAAACCCUCCCAAGCUGCAACCGCUGCACGCGAACAGGCUGGAAAUGCCAAUACCCAGACCCUCUUUCAUCCCCAUCUUCUAUACCAAGCUUCUUUCCCUCGCGCACCUUCAACACCCAGCGUGAAUACCAGUACUUCGACUUCUUCCGGUUCCAGACCGUGACUGAUCUCAGCGGCUGGUUUAGUUCGUAUUUCUGGCAUAGACUCGUCUUGCAAAUGAGUCAUUCGGAGGGGGUUGUGAAGAGGGUUGCUGUUGCGUUGGGGGCGUUGCAAAUGGAUGGUUCGUAUGCUGGGACUGAUCAGCGAAUGGCUUUGCAGUACUAUAAUGAGGCGUUAUCUGGGCUUCGGGGCUUGCUCGGUUCGACUGGGAUGCGAUCUAUUGAUGUCGCUUUGACAACAUGCAUCCUGAUUUCUUGUUUCGAAGUCUUCCGAAGAGACUACACAGCCGCGCAAAUGCACUAUACAAGCGGCCUAGAAAUCCUCAAGCUAUGGCGAGGAACAAAGACCUACACAACAGUCGACUAUCCAUACCCUUCACGCUCCCAAGCAGUAAUCCCCUGCUACGAACGCGCAUUAAUUGAACAUUUCUCCCUCCUAGAAACACAAAUCAUCUCAUUCCUCCAAUCCCGCCCCGGCUUCGCACAAGACGCCGUCCUUUUCGAACAAAGCAUUUCCAAGAUCCCGAUCCCGAUGGACUUCUCUACACUCAACGAAGCAAAAGAAACAUUUAUCUUAAUAAUGAACACGACAAUGAAUCUAUCCACGCGCGCUAAAAAUAGACUCGUCUUUAAAACGGAAGAUGAACCAGAACGCGAUGAAAACAGCCUCUUCCGCCAUCGCGAGACUUACAAUGCGUCUGUGCAGUUUGCGGCGAUUCUACGUACUCUUACGGGGGAGUGUCAGCUUGCGCUUACGCAGUGGAUGGAUGCCUUCGACACUCUAUAUCGUCGGAUACGCAGUAAUAUGUCCGUCCAGGAGACGAUGUCGACUUCUGUUCUGUGGCUAGUGUAUACCGUUCUCUACACGCUUUUCGCGCGAGACUUCUCGAAGGGGGAAAUGGGCUACGACACGCCUAGGCAUAAUGUCCUCCCUAUACUUCAUCGCGACAAAAUGCCGCCAUCGCGGUGUCAGGGAUAUGGCACUCUACGCACUCUCUGCAGCGCCGUUACAGGAGGGCUUGUGGAACCGGGAUAGCGCGUUCUUGAUGACGCGGGUGUUGGUUGAGAUGGAAGAGGAAUUUCGGAUUCCUGGGACUGUUGGGCCGGAGGGGAUUCCUGUGGAGGCGAGGAUUAUUGGGGUGAAUUUUUUGUUGAGGGCUGAGAUGGGGGAGUUGGUGCUUGUUGUUGAUAGGCUGGGGGAGAGGGUGGAG